CAAACAUGGCUGCCUACAGGAUGGCACGGCAACACUCUGAUCUAACUUUUAUAGAUCACCUAGGCCUAGAUCUACAGCUUUCGGCUGGAUUGUACUUUACCGGACCACCCGUCUGGGCCCGUGGUUACUACGCACGCCUAGCCUAACUACGCACUCAUAGUUCUCUACGUGCGGACAAUAGAAUUCCUGUCCAAGCAAGCUAGCGAACUUUGGGACCAGAGUAAGAAUGGGCUUGAUGAACGGGAUGUCCGUCACCAUUGUACUGACAGCAGCUCUGCUCCUGUCUGCCCAUGCAUGGGUGCUCAAGGUCACGAAUGACGAAGUGGAGGUCGGCAAAACAAAAAAUAUAUCUUUGAAAUGCGUCAACGUUUAUCCCCUGACUGUAGUCUCUGAGAUUGUCAGGAUCAGAAUCUUGAAAUUUGAGGCUGACGAAUGGAACAGCGUGGCCGAAGUUAGUGACAGAGGCAAUGAUCUCCGAACAAAGUCUAAUAACGUGCUGGCGGAGGCCAGUAGCGGCACCAUUGCCAGUAGGUUUCUACGGCUUACCUGGCCAGUGGCGACCAACGGUACUCUUGGCCAGUACCGUUGUGAUGUCAUUAGUUUGACGGCGCAAGAAAAUGUAAUGUGGCACAAAAGCCUGCCCAUUUUAAUUACGCGUAAGAUCGUCACCAUACAGACCCUGAGCUACAAGAUGGAGGAAUACAAACUGCAGUGUCUGAAACAGACGCAAGACGUGCUAGCAAAUGCCACGGAAACCAUAGAGGUGGUUGAAGCUGAGUUGCAGAGCAAGUUGGAGAGCCAGAUAGAGGUUCUGAGCCACACAAUGGAGAACGUCACAGAGGGACUUGAUCAACUACGAUCAGGGACGGAAGGAAGCGUAGAGAUGCUGGAGGCGGGAUGGGAGUCCAAGUUUGAGGUCCUGAGCCAAGCGGUGGAGGAAAACAGAAGAUUUUGUGUAAACCAGACACACGACUUGGUGGAGAAGUUGACGGCCAGUUAUGAGCUCAAGUUGGACGACCUUAAAGCUAGUCAUGAGCUCAAGUUGGAAGCCCUGAAUUCGAGUUAUGAGCUCAACUUGGACGCCCUGAAGCGCCUGUUAUUGGUGAGAAUGUCUUGGAGUGUUUAUUCCCAAUUAUUGACAAGUAAACAUUUACCCAGAAGUGGCUGAUAAUAUGUUCCUCAGCAGUACAGAAAGAAACCACGUCCAGAGAGAAAUGGUGAAUAAAGUACCGGUUUAGUGAUCUUUGUGUGUCUUUGGUUGAGGAAAAAACUGGAACUGAAAAAAUGGACUCACUAGGUGAUAUCCUUUGCAUUUCUGCCUUUUUUAAGGUCUGAAUGAUAAGAUUCUGGUUAGGACUUCCAAAUUAUCCUCAAGAAAGGGUUGUCAACCUCAUGUACCAUCCCCACCCUGACACACACACACACACACAC